AUUAGAUUGCAUAAAAUGUCAAAUGUAACGAGUAUAUGGAACGGAGGAAGUAUAUACUGUGUCCUGUUCUUAAGGGUUCCCAGUUCCCCCAAAUUCAACUUAUUGUCCUUCAGACGCUUCGUGGUUCUUCCCCCUGGCAUUUAUUUCAGUCACACCUCAUUACAUUCCCACCAUUUCCCAAUCACUCAAACAUCCAAUUUUUCCAUUUUUCUCAAAUGGGUAUUCUUCAAAAUCCUGUCUUUCCCAUCAAUAACAGACUUUUACUCAUGUCUUUGCUCUUAUGUUUGGCUUCUACCUUCACCCAACUUUCAUUCUUUACUCAAGGAACAAGAAGAAAAAUUGAUAGAAAGAGCAUUAAUAGGGUCAAGACCACCAAGAUGUGAAGGAAGGUGCAACAAUUGUGGGCAUUGUGAAGCAAUUCAAGUACCAAUUGUGCCUCAACAAGGUUUCCCAAGAAGCCAUUUUAUGCAUUCAAGACCUACAAUUGCUUAUUCAAGAGGAGAUAGCUUGUCUAAUUAUAAGCCCAUGAGUUGGAAAUGCAAAUGUGGUCACUCUAUUUUUAAUCCUUGAUUCAAUUCUCUCAAUUUUCUCUUAAUUCCUUUGUAUAGAAUUUGAAUUAUUAAUGAUUAAUUAAUAGAGUUUCUACGAUCAUAAGUCGGGCAAAAUUACACUAUAAAUUUUUAGAUCAUAUUUAUUUUAUAUUUUUUUUGAAUUUAGGCCUAAAAAAUAAUUUAUCUAAAAUAUAUUCCACAUGUUUAUAACUAUCUAUGUUGUAAACUAAAGUGUCAUUACUAUUUUUAGUAAUGGCCAUUAGUUGUGUGUGUUUUAGCACUAAUUUGAAGAUUAGUUGGACAUAGUUCUUGGUAGAAGGGAUGUCAGAUAGACGGGCAGGUGUGAAAAAUUGAAUGAAAACUCGCAAAGUAUGUGAAGUACAUGUCCUAUUAAAUUUACCAUAUAGUAUAAAUAUUUGGUGAGAAAAUAAAAAAAAUAAAAGUAAAUUUUUGUUUGUGAAGAUUAAAAAAUAAGUUAUACUUUUAUAUAUGAAAAUUAAAAAAAGAAUAUGAGUUAUAAACUAUAAUUAAACAUACUUU